ACUUAACCCUUCUGCUAUGUUUGGGUCAAUUUGACCCAAUUUUCAGUAAAACUCGUCGAAAUUCGCGUGUUACUCUAGUCGUAUUGUAUUGAUUCUUCUUCUAUUUGUUAACUGCAGUAAAAGGAAUAGAUAAAUAUGAAAUUUAAAAUAAUAUCUGUUUUUUAUGUUGCUGGAGGAUGCCAAAUGUAAUUUCAUUACACUUAUUACGUUGUUGGGUCAAUUUGACCCACCUAGUAUUUUGAAACAUUUUGCCGUUUUUUAUCACAUCACUCGAUCAAAAACGCCGUCAAAGAAAGCUAGUUAUCGGAAAUCGAGUAUAUUUUGCACAGCUCUAUGUUUAUAUAUUCUCGAUAAAUUUAUAGCCUUUUCGAAAAAGGGGAACUCCCGUUUUAUGCACCUGUGCAAAGAGUAAGUGUAGAUUGUUUGCUUAGUUAGCAAUUUUUUGUCGCGCAGUAAGGAGCUUAUCAAAAUUUUUAUAAAGAAAGUGAUUGCUAAAUAUAUAUUUAUACAAUGUCCCAAAGGAAGAGAGUAAGUCAAGUUAUUUAAUUUACUAAGUUUAUAUUGCUGUUACACAUUUUUAUAUUUUUAUUUUUGAAAAGAAACUAAGUAUUGAAGAAACACACCAAAUUAUUAAUUCUGAUGCUGAGGAUAUUUUCGACGAAAGUGAUAGCGAUGAAGACUUUGUACCUAUCGCAGAAAAUGAAACGGACGAUUCAAAUACUUCAUCCAGUGAAAGUGAAGUAGAUGUCGGUUUUGAAGGUAGCAAUGCGACAGAAGAAGUCAAUUUGCCAAAUAUUUUAUCGAAAGAUAAGAGCAUAAUAUGGCAUGAUCAGCCACUUCCAAAUUCAAGAGGCAAAAUUCCUCGAAAUCAAAUUUUAUGUCGAAGUCCUGGCCCAUCAAAGUGUGCUAUUUCUAUGGUCACAGAUAUAAAAUCCUCUUUUGAUAUUUUCAUGCCCUCAAGUAUAAAAAACAUAGUGGUAGAAAUGAGCAACAUCAAAGGAUUGCAGCUUUUUGGAGACAAUUGGAAAAUUAUAGACCUUAUAGAAUUGGAAGCAUACAUAGGAUUGCAAAUCUUAGCAGGAGUAUACAAAUCGCACAAUGAAAGUCUAAUUCAUUUGUGGGAUGAAAAUAAUGGCAGACCAAUUUUUCGGGCCACAAUGAGCUUGGAAAGACUUAUGAACAUAUCACGAUGCCUUCGUUUUGACUCCGCUGCAGACAGGGAUGAGAGAAGACAGCGUGAUAAAUUAGCACCUAUAAGAAACAUUUGGGAUCAAUGGAAUCGGCAGCUCAGGUCAUAUUAUCACUUACAUGAAAAUGUAACAAUAGAUGAGCAGUUAGUACCUUUUCGUGGUCGUUGCAGCUUCAGGCAGUACAUUCCAUCGAAGCCCGCAAAAUACGGCUUAAAAAUAUGGGCUCUAUGUGAUUCAAAAAGCAAGUAUGCCUGGAACAUGGAAGUUUAUUUAGGACGGGCAAGAAAUACGCAACCGGAAAGGAACCAAGGUGAACGUGUUGUUCUAUCCCUAUCAGAACCCCUUCCCAGAGGUCACACUAUUACUUGCGAUAACUUUUUUACGACGUACAAUCUCGCCGUUCAGCUACUUCGCAGGAACAUUACUUUAGUCGGUACAGUGAGGAAAAAUAAGCUUUUUCUGCCACGAGAAAUUGUCGAAAUAAAGGAAAAGAACAUUUUAGAAAGCAAAUAUUUAUUUACGGAGAAUGUAACUAUUGUAUCGUACGUCCCAAAAAAAUAUAAAUUUGUUGUCGCAUUGAGCUCCCUUCACCAUUCUCCACUUGUUGAUGAGGGUGACAGAAAAAAACGUGAAAUAAUACUUCACUAUAAUAAAACAAAAGCUGGUGUGGAUGCGCUUGAUCAGCUGUUUGCUAACUAUACAUGUAAACGUCAGACCAAACGUUGGCCAGUUGCCCUCUUUUCGAAUAUGUUAGAUAUAUCGGCAUAUAACGCAUACGUAAUAUGGACAAAGAUAAAUCCCUUAUGGAACACCAACAAGCUUUAUAAGCGAAGACUUUUUCUUGAAGAGCUGGGAAAGCAAAUGGUCGAACCAAAUAUUGUCCGCAGAGAGAGACUGCCGCGAGGAAUCGCUGCUAAGAAUAUACUAAAAAAUAUUCAAGAAAACUCCAAAUCUGCAGAAGAAGCGCCUACUUCUAAUAUUUCUGCCAGAAGUGAAUCCACCAAAAAACGACAGCGAUGUUUCAUCAUACAAAAAAUUCGAACAAAUAUUCAACUGUUUGUAGUACGUGCCAAAAAUUUGUUUUCAAGGAACACAGCAGCUUAGUUUGUGAAAAUUGCCGUUGAAACAUACAUAUCUCAACUAUUUUCUACAAUUAACAUACACUUAACUUGAUUCAAAUAAAAAAAUAUGAACUCUUUUAAUAAAAUAGUGUUAUUAGUGGAGUUUUCAUAAGUGGGUCAAAUUGACCCAAAACACUAUAUGUGUAAUUUUUUCCUAACAUAGCAGAAGG